AUGCAUACCACCACCAGCAGCAUCCAAGGCAAUGAGCAUCGGCUCCUCUACCGGGUCCACGAUGACUCCUCGGCGGCGCCCCUGACCCGAAAAGGCUUUACAGCCACCUCUCCCGAGUUCCAUUACAAAGGCGGCGUCAUUCCGGCGGAGGUAUGGCAUAAGGAGUAUCAGGGGUUGCAGGAGGUAGAUAGUCUUGUAGACAACAAGCAUGUUCUGGAGAGUAUUGCGGCGCAUGUCUCGGGCGGCUGGAAGGGCUAUCACAGCGCCAAAGCUGGCCCAUCCGACUGGAUCUCAACCUCCAUGUCGUUCCAGUGGGCGGUAUGGGAGGUGGUGCGUCGUCUCGUCAUCCUCGGGCGGGACAGCGUCGGGAUGAGCGUCAUCACCGCCAAGCCGUACAACCCCUACUAUGUGGGCAUGCAGGCGGUCUGGUUGAAGGCGGCGGAUGCUAUUGAGGCGCUCGGCGAGAAGGUGUACCUCACCCGAAAGGAGUGCCGCGCAUUGGCGUUUGCGAGGGCGAGCUCGGAGGUGGUGUACCUUGGCAAAAUAUUCGAGAGGGACAUUAUGACCCACACGGAGUGGACGCUCGAGAACCUCCCCAGAAACCUGCGCGUUAGUAUGGAGGCGUUCUUCAAGCCCAAGAAGCAGUGGGUGAGGGGGGGAACGUGGGUCGAUCAGCUUGUCUUCAAGCCGAAAGACUCCUAUAGUCAGGCGGCGGCAAAGAUACAGGAGCGUAGGGAGGGGUUGGGGAGGUUGCGCGGCGGCGGUCAGUAG